CUUUAUUUUUUGUUCGUGCAAUGCAUUUCGUUUUAAAUAUCGACAGAACUUUAAAGUUUUUUGACUAAUUGCUAUGCUUUAUAGUUGCAAUAUAUUUAAAAAUUGUUGGGUGCAUAUUAAUUAAUUUGGAAACAUCAUGAUGGAGCAAGACGAUGAGAUAAAAUCUGGUUGUUUAUUAUUUCCUCCAGCCGGAGGAAACAUGUUCAGUAAAUUUCCUAAGAAGAAAAAUUGGCAACAAAAACACUGUAUACUCUACAAUGCCAGUAAACAAGGCAUUGAAAGAUUGGAAAUAUAUGACAAUAAAGAAGAUGUUACAACUGGAUCCAUUCCUAAGAUAAUAACUCUUGAAAAUUGCAUAAAAAUAACACAUUCUAGUCCAAAUACUAUUACUAUAUUAAGUAAGUCAAAUACUCAACAAAUUAGUGCCCAGUCAGAAAUGGAGACUUUAGAAUGGGUCUCUGCUUUACAGUCAGUGGCCUUUAAAAAUUCAGAUUCUAUACCAAUCAGUUGUGAUGAAGAUAAUGAUCUAUACUGUUCAUCAGGUGAAGGAGUAUUCUCCGUAAAGAUGUGUUCAUCUGAAGCUUCAAUAAGAUGUGGGUUAGAGCCAAUUAGAUAUCUCUUACUUCUUACUUCAACUGCAAUAGAUCUUAGGGAUGUAAAUGACAAUAAAUUAUAUGCUACUUGGCCGUAUAGGUACAUUAGAAGGUAUGGUUACAGACAGGGUAAGUUUACGUUUGAAGCUGGAAGAAAAUGUGAUACCGGAGAAGGUAUUUUCCAUUUAGAACAUCCUAAUCAAUCAGAAAUUUUUAAAUGUUUGUCACUAAAAAUGAAGACAAUGAAACAAUCAAUUGGUACUGACAAUUUAAACAGUCCAGAACAUACAGAGUUUAAUAUACAACCAAGUGCCAACUUAUUUCCUGGUUCAAGAAGUCCAUUAGUUGCUGCAAGGCCAGAAGAAUUGAAUUUAAGCUCUUUAUCAUUUAAAACAAAUUCUGCAUCAAGUCAACAAUCUUCUACAUCUGAUACAGCACCUUUACUGAUGCCUAAGCCAGCUCUUAAGCCUAAACCGCAAAAGCCUCCGAGAAAGAUCAUAAACAUUCAUAAACCAAUCAAGGAUCCCUCAUCUUCAACUGAUGACAGUAUAGAUUUUGGUAGAUACAAAAAACUUGAAAAUUUCGAAACACUCGACCAAUCCAAGACCCAACUGCCAAUGGUACCUUAUGAUAAAGUCGAAGUGCGUAGCGAGGCUUGGAAAACAUUUGGUAUCGAUGAUCCAGAUCAUACCGAAUUUACACCUAAUUUGGCUGACAGUCCAAACUGCAUGAAACUUAUAUCAAGAUCACAAGAUAAUUUAAACAGUACAGGUCCUGAAUCUUCUCGUAUUAUUCUUUUACCACUAAGUCCAGAAGAUGAGAACUAUGACAGGCUUCAAUAUUUUGGCUCCACAAGCAAACUGAACAAAUCCUCGAGAUAUAAGAAGGUUGAAGCGCGUCCUACAACACUUGCUGUAAACGACUCGAAGAAUAAAGACACAUGGAAUGAUUACGAUGAAGUUGAGAAUGUUAUGCAGACAGCAAGAUUGGCUGAUGACUCUCAUUUGGGGUAUGGUAUGAUACGGAAACCGAACACUCCUGGACCUCAAGUACCUACAGCUGCCCAGGCUCAAGCCUUACAAAAUCAAGUUACUUUGGAAGACAUCAAUGGUAACUGCAACGGAGUAGAGUAUGCAGUUAUAAGCCGUCCUAAAAGGGUAUGAAAUUCAAUAUAAUUAAAUAACAUGAUUUUAUGAUAGAAGACUGAAAUUUUACACGAAAUUUAUAAUUUUAAGAGAGUGAAAUUAGGUAAAAUUGAUAUUGGCAUGUGAAAAAACUCUCAAAGUAUUAUGAAUUAACAUUUUGAAUUAAGUUUAUUUCUAGGUGUAAUUGAAAAUCAUGAUUUUUAUACUAACAAUCUUAGGUCUAAUUUCUUUUUAUCAAUUGUAACCAUUUUAUAAACAUUAACAUUUCUUUAUAAAAGUUUUAAAUGUUGUGUUCUUAAGCAUUCCGUAGACAAGUUGAUUGCUUGUUGAUCUAAUUACGAUUCAGUAGUGUGUUUUGCUAUGUGGUUUGUAACAGUCUCAAAGUUUGACUAGUGCUUCAUGUUUUUAUCUCUUCUCUGUUAAUGUUUUAUAAGAAUGGAGGUUGACAUAUCUAAACAAAUCUCAUUGGAGGCGCAAAUUUCUGAAUUUACUAGAAAACAACAUAAUUGCUUUUUUCCUUAGUCAUCAACUUGAUUAAAUCGUGUAUUUCUAGUAAGAAUAUUGUUAUCCUUUUUAAACUACUUCAAAGAAAUGAGAUAAUAAUGUUUUUGUAGUAUUCAUUGAGUGUGGAAAUUCACAAUCUCAGUCAUAUUAGUCUUCGAGCACUUUUUUUUAUAAUAGUUAUAAAAAUAUAGAUUUUGAUGGAUAAUUUCAUACAACACUGAGAAAAUUUAUCAUAAAAACGGACUUAAGGUAGACCAUUUGUUUCUUACUUUUGUGCUCAAGGAUCUAUGUUAUUUAAGUAAACAAAAACUGAUUUUUAUAUGUUUCAUAACCAAUAGUGUUAUAAUGUGCCAUUUUUUUGGGGGUACAUUAUUGAACAAUCGUUCAAGUUGUAGGUGCUUCAUAUAAUAAUGAAAAGUAGAAUUAGAAUAUAUUAAAAGUUAUUUUGUUUAAUUUUUUACGUGUGUUUCAUGUUUAAUACAUUUAGGUUAUAAAUAUCUUCCAUUUUAACCAUUCCAUUGUAGAUGAAUUUGAAUAGUAUUAUUUUUUUUUUAUAUAAAACAGUAAUUUUUGACUAUAUUAUAUAUUCUCUUUGCAUGAUAAAGUUUAGAAAAUAUAUCACAUUCCAUUUUAUUAUUCAGUUUUUUAUAAGUGAUGGCACAAUUUUAAUCAAAGCAUAUCACCGUCUCAAAGGACGGCUACGUAUCUAUCUGCGGUUCCUCUGGUAUUUCAGAUGAAUACAUCUUUGUUCCAGCUGCUCGUUUACCCCCUUAUCUUAUAAAAACAUCUAAAUAUUCCAAGCUGUAGUUUUCUGUUUUAAGUAUAUUUUUUGAUAAGAAAAAUUUAAACACAAAGUAUGUUUAGUAAUUUUCAAAAUAUAUCCAACUGUGAUUACGCAGUGCCUAAUAUUUUUUUCAAUGUUGAUUACAUAAUUUAAGCAUAUAAUUGUUAUGUGAGAAUUGGUAUAUAAAUGUGUGAAACAAUAAACAUUGAUAACAUUUUAUUUUAGUUACCAAUUAGAUUUAAAUAGCUUUUUAAAGCUGGCUGUUAUAAAUGCAUCAAUUCACACAUAACAAUGAAAUAUUUUAAUGAUUCUGGUGCCAAUACAACAGUACAAUAGUUUAAGAUCAUGUUAUGACAUAAUUAAACUCAUUAUAUAUUAUAUAAUCAAGUUGGUAUUACAAUAAAGGACAUAUUGUUCUAAUUUUUUUGAUGAGUUCAUUAAAUUUUUUUAACAAAAGUGACAAAACAAUAUAGGGUUAGUUUUAAAUGUUUUUAUUCAAAACUUUAAAUAGAAUGACGUAAGUGAAGAAAUCACUUGAUAUUUUUUUCUACCAUUAUGAUAGUGUCAUGGACCAUAGUAAAUUAUCCUUUGUAAGGUUGAAUAAACAUGUUCUACCUUGUCACAAGUUUCUAUUCAGGAUUUUUAAAUUAAAUCUUGAAUCUAGAUAAUUUUACCCAUAUGCAAUUUGAAGUUAAAAGUUUUUUUUAGGUGAAAAAUGAAGAGCUGUGUCCUUUAUGUUACUAAAUAUGAUAUGUUUCUAUAAUUAGAAGUAUGUAUUAUGUUUAUUAUCCUUUCUGUUUAAUUGCGAAAUACAUAUUUUUUACAUUUGUAUUUUAGGUCAGCCAUGUUAUGAAAUAAAGUCAUUUAAUCAA